UUCUUAUGUGCCGAAUGGCAGAAAACAAGAUAUCCAAUAGCUGGAGAAAUGUCAAACUGAUACAUAUAAACCAAACAUGCCUUAAAGCAUAGAAGGAACUUAAAAAAAUGCAGACCCUUGACCAAAAUGAUGCCUCUCAAGCAUGCUCUCCAUGUUGUUGCACAACCCCAUUUUUCAACUCACCAACAUCACAUAACACAAUAGCAAAACCAAGAAACAGUUCUGCUGAGUGUCGCCACACCUUUGCAGCUACAACAACAUCCUCUAUCUUCCCAAGUACACAAUUCACUAACCAUGAAUCUCUUCCAUCUUUGCAGGAAUCAUUCAAUGAAUUCAACAGAGUGUACCCUCAGUAUUCUGAGACUGAACAAGUUGACCACGUUAGAGCCAAUGAAUAUUACCAUCUCUCAGUCUCCAACCAUACUUGUCUUGAUUAUAUUGGUAUUGGCCUCUUCUCCUACUCUCAACUACAACACCAUGAUGCUUCAAAAGUCCAAUUUGCAUCCUCUUCAGUUCCUCAAACACCCCAAUAUUCAGAUAUUCCCUCCUUUAGUAUGUCCUGCAAGACUGGGAGUCUGAAGACUUUGUUGCUUCAUGGUGGACAUGAGUCAGAAUUUGAGUCUGCAAUGAGAAAAAGAAUCAUGGGUUUCCUUAACAUAUGUGAAAAUGAUUAUUUCAUGGUUUUCACAGCAAAUAGAACAUCAGCUUUUAAACUUGUGGCUGAUUCCUACCAAUUCCAAUCUAGUAGGAAGCUUCUGACAGUUUAUGACUAUGAGAGUGAGGCUGUGGAAGCAAUGAUUAGUUGUUCAGAGAAGAGAGGAGCAAAGGCUAUGUCAGCAGAGUUCUCAUGGCCAAGGCUUAGGAUUCAGACAACAAAAUUGAGAAAGAUGAUGAUUGUAAGUAAGAGAAAGAAGAAGAAAAAGAAGGGCCUUUUUGUUCUCCCACUUCAUUCUACAGUAACAGGAUCUAGAUAUCCUUAUAUUUGGAUGAGCAUAGCACAAGAGAAUGGGUGGCAUGUAUUGGUUGAUGCUUGUGCUUUGGGACCAAAAGACAUGGACUGUUUUGGCCUCUCUCUCUUUCAACCAGACUUUCUAAUUUGUUCUUUCUAUAAGGUCUUUGGAGAAAACCCAUCUGGAUUUGGAUGCCUUUUUAUCAAGAAAUCUGCUAUUUCCAGUUUGGAAGCCUCCUCUUGUGCAGGAAUUGUGAACCUUGUACCAGAAAAGCAGCCACAUAAGCAUCUAUCAGAGGAUUCUUCUGAUACUGACUUAGAACUUGAACAAAAAUCACUACCUAGCUCACAUGAAGACGAAUUAUUUUCUAUAUCUUUCUCUAGUCCUAUACAAACCACACAAUCUGAAAAAGUUGAAGAAGGAGAACCAUCUGAGCUUCAGAUCAUAGAGACACCUGCAGAGUCAAAAGCUCCUCAAGGGUAUAAAAUUGAGGAGGUACAAAAGCCAUUUCAGAAUCUUAAAAAAAAGAAUGUCCAAGGAAGUAAGAAUGAGAGCUUUGAUAUUGAAUGCAAGUGCUUAGAUCAAGUGGAUUCUUUAGGAUUGAUACUUAUCACUAAUAGGGCAAGGUACCUUAUAAAUUGGCUGGUAAUGUCAAUGUUGAAGCUUAAGCAUCCUAACACAGAAGGGGUUCCAUUGGUUAAGAUAUAUGGACCAAAAGUGAAAUUUGAUAGGGGACCUGCUUUGGCAUUCAAUAUAUUUGAUUGGAAAGGUGAAAAGGUUGAGCCUGUUCUUGUUCAGAAACUUGCUGAUAGAAGCAAUAUUUCUAUCAGCUAUGGAUUCUUGCAUCAUAUCUGGUUUGCAGAUAAGUAUGCAGAAGAAAAGGGAAGAGUCCUAGAGACCAAAGUAGUUGGAGUCCAAGGAGUGACAGGCAAUAAGAAAGAUAGAGAUAAAGUUGGAAUAACUGUGGUUACUGCUGCACUAGGCUUCCUUGCUGAUUUUGAAGAUAUCUAUAAACUUUGGGCUUUUGUUGCUCGUUUCCUUGAUGCUGACUUUGUGGAGAAGGAGAGGUGGAGAUAUACUGCUCUCAAUCAGAAAACAAUUGAAGUUUGAUUCCAUAAAAUUUUCUUUUGUUGUUCUGGAUUAUUGAUCUAAGAAGGGUCUAUUAUAGUGUGAAUUUGGCUGAAAAUUUG